CAUGGUGCUCCAGCCACUACGCUGCCAAGUGUGCUCCGUGCCAGGGCCGAGGCCUGGGGUUGGGGGAGGGAACUGGGGACCCUCAGGCCAAUGGCUGCCAGUGGUCCUGGAGCCCCUCGCCUAUUCUCCAGAGAGCCUGAAACUUUCCAGGGAGAAGCACGGCUAGCCCUGCUGGGUGGUAAGGAGAUUGGGGGAGGAGGGUUCCGGAUCUGUUCCCCUUGGGGGCCCACAGGCAGCACAAUAGCCCUCGGGGCUGCCACUCUCUGGCUUAAGUGGUUGCCUGGGCAACAGCUGGGGCCAGUUUCCACCAAUCCAUGGAGGAGGCUGAGUGGGGGAGGGAGGCCAAGCAGGAAGGGGGGUGCCGUCCCCUUGUGCUGGAUCCUAUAUAAGGAAGAGGGAUGUGAGCAGAAUGCUCUGGGCUUCACCGUCCCUCCAGUGGACUUGGGGGCUGAGCAUAAAGAUGCCUAGGAGAGGCUACUCCAAGCCUGGGUCCUGGGGCAGCUUCUGGGCGAUGCUGACCUUGGUGGGCCUGGUCACCCGUGCAGCCCAGAGAGCCGAUGUUGGUGGGGAGGCAGCUGGCACCUCCAUCAACCACUCCCAGGCGGUGCUCCAGCGCUUGCAGGAGCUGCUGUGACAGGGCAACGCCAGCGAUGUGGUUCUGCGGGUGCAGGCUGUGGGCACCGGUGAGGUCCGGGUCUUCCACACCCACUGUCUGCUGCUGGGACUGCACAGUGAGCUGUUCCGGGAGCUGCUGAGUAACCAGAGUGAGGCGGUGCUGCAGGAGCCAAGGGACUGCGCCGCUGUCUUCGACAAGUUUGUCAGGUACCUGUACUGCGGGGAGCUGACCGUGCUGCUGACCCAGGCCAUCCCCCUGCACAGACUGGCCACUAAGUACGGCGUGGCCUCCCUGCAGCGCGGCGUGGCCCACUACAUGCGCGCGCACCUGGCGGGAGAAGGGGGCCCGGCGGUGGGCUGGUACCACUACGCGGUGGGCACCGGGGACGAGGCCCUGCGCGAGAGCUGCCUGCAGUUCCUGGCUUGGAAUCUGUCGGCCGUGGCGGCCAGCGCCGAGUGGGGCGCCGUGAGCCCCGAGCUGCUGUGGCAGCUCCUCCAACGCUCGGACCUGGUCCUGCAGGAUGAACUGGAGCUGUUCCACGCGCUAGAGGCCUGGCUGGGUCGCGCGCGGCCGCCCCCUGCCGUGGCCGAGCGGGCGCUGCGCGCCAUACGCUACCCCACGAUCCCACCGGCACAGCUGUUCCAGCUGCAGGCGCGCUCAGCAGCCCUGGCGCGCCACGGCCCCGCAGUGGCCGACCUUCUGCUGCAGGCCUACCAGUUCCACGCCGCGUCGCCGCUGCACUACGCCAAGUUCUUUGACGUCAACGGCAGCGCCUUCCUGCCCCGCAACUACCUCGCACCCGCCUGGGGCGUCCCGUGGGUCAUCAACAACCCGGCCCGCAACGACCGCAGCACCAGCUUCCAGACGCAGCUGGGCCCGAGUGGCCACGACGCGGGCCGCCGGGUCACCUGGAACAUGCUCUUCUCGCCGCGCUGGCUGCCCGUCAGCCUGCGGCCCGUUUACGCGGACACUGCGGGCACAGCGCUGCCCACCGCGCGCCCGGAGGACGGCCGACCGCGGCUGGUGGUGACGCCGGCCAGCAGCGGCGGCGACGCAGCGGGCGUGAGCUUCCAGAAGAGGGUGCUGGUGGGGGCGCGCCAGCAGGGCCGCCUGCUGGUCCGCCACGCCUACAGCUUCCACCAGAGCAGCGAGGAGGCCGGCGACUUGCUGGCUCAUGCCGACCUGCAGCGGCGCAACUCGGAGUACCUGGUGGAGAACGCCCUGCACCUGCACCUCAUCGUCAAGCCCGUAUACCACACCCUUAUCCGGACCCCCAAGUAGCCUCGGGGUCUGGGAAUAAAGGCCUGGCCUAGGUGGUCCCUGUGGGUCUGGGAAGGGCAAGGCGAGCGUGGAGGUGGCAACAAGCCUGGUCCCAUGGAUGGCCAGGCGCCGGCCACCCUAGGGCUGGGGUGGAGUCCAGGUGAGGCGUGGUAGACAAGAUGCCUGGUUUCAACAGCUGAUUUCACAGCUGACUUGAAGGAACGUUCUUGGUCCUGAAUAAACUGAUGCUCAGA